AUGUCUAACCGAGUGCCUGAUAUCAUUGCCCUUCCUACAGGAGAGCACAAAUCUACGCAGCAACAGUCGCUACAUUCUAACUUAGUCCCUGAUCAAAUUGCGCUACCCUCGGGAGAACCGAAGGCGAAACAGCCAGAACUUCCACAGCAGCCUGAGCUAGAAGAAUAUAUUGAUCCUCGACUGCUACAGGUGCAACCGCAACUCCCACAACACCACUCACCCAACGGAUACCUACCGGAAACACCACAAGAUCUCCCCCCGACCCCAUCCUCAGAUGGGUUCUAUGGCUAUCAAUCAUCUCUCCCGCAGCAGCCGCCUCAGAUGCCAUUGCGUUCGGACCCGUCUGGCAACUUCAACAUCGGGCUCCUCGCCGAAGCUAACGAGAACUAUCUCCUCGCAGGCCAAUCAACCUUUAACCCUUCGCCUCCCCAAGACCACGCUCCACAAGAACAACACAUCCAGCACCAGGCCGAACCAGAGGACCCCGAACACUAUUUCAAGUCCUGCAACUUCUGUCGCAAAGGACGGCACCAUUGCUCCGGUGAACGCCCCUGCAACGUAUGCGUCACCGUCAACGUCCGCUGCGAGUACGAGCUCCUCCCUGGCGCCGGCGCCAAGGUCUCUCGCAACCGCAAGCGCAACCUCGAUGUCGCAGCGGGUAGCCAACCGGUGGCCCCGAACGAUCCAUCCGCGAAGCGUCGUAAGACGGGCCAGUUCCAACAGCAGCCUGAGAUCCAGCGUCCUCCGCUACAUCGCAUAAAGUCCCCUCACAACCUCACCGAGAACGGCUCCUGCGACCACUGCAGCGCGGGCGGCAACGAGGGAAAGGACUGCGACGCGAACCACGCCGAGCAGAUCGAGUGCUCGCAGUGCACCAAGUACCGCAACCUCGCCGACCCGAAUCACAUAUGCAAGGUCCGCGGCGGCGGCGAGUACUGGCAGAAGCGCUUCGCAAACUCUCGGCCCUUAUACCCCAACACCGAUAGUGAGGCGAGCUGCUGUGCCGGAUGCAAGAAGAAGCGGACCGCGCAUAAGCCUCAGAUGUGCGACAUCGACAUUCAAGUCAAGAUCGGGUGCACGCCGUGUAGGAGACAAGGCCGGCUCUGCGAAGCGUACAACGAGAGACGUGCCAACGGGACGCUCCAAGGCGAGUCGACGGCGGCGGAGCAGAUGUGGAACCGGCCGGACCCGAGUGACGGCGACCUCGCACCCGGACGGAGGCCGUGGUGGAGACACCUGUGCGAGGCUUGCAUCCCUGAGCUCGACAACAAGCGCUGGACGCCCUGCUCGUGGAUCAACGAUUUCAGACUCGGGGAGUACAAGUGUCUUACCUGCACCGAGAAGGGCCGCCGCUGCGUCGACCCCUGGACGAAGCGGGAGUUCACCGAACCGUACGUCUACCCGGGGCACGGCGACCACCUCGUCAUUGACGGCAAAUCCGUCAACCGCAUAGGAAACCGGAAGUGCGGGAACUGCAGGGUGAACCACCAUUCCUGCCGCGGCUUCGACGGCCCGACUGGCUUUGCGUGCUCCAAAUGCACGGCUUGGGGUCUCCGUUGCAUGGUGCAGCGCGAACCGGGAAAGCCCGCCGUGGAGCUGCCGCACCCGGACCGGAAGUUGAUCGGUUGGACGCGCAACACGGGCGACACGGGGCACUUGUUCGUUGCCUGUGUGACGUGUCGGAUGAAAGGGCGCAACUGCGAUCGUAAGCGGCCGUGCGAUAGCUGUGUCAAGUUCGGGUCCCAGUGUGACGCCUUUCUGGGCGGCGGAGGGCGGUGCAGACGUGACGAGAACCUGACUGGCGCCGACUCGCCGGACUACUACAUGGCUCUUGGGUACGGGCCGGGAGGCGUGGAUACUUCUCGGUGGGAUGUGCCCGAAAACGAGCUCAUCGGACCGAAUAGGCCAAAGUGGGUGGUCACGAACGUCCAGCCGACGCAACAGCAACAAGAGCAACAUCAUAGGUCUGAGGCGCAGAAUGUCUUGCCGCGGGAGUAUGGAGGGGUUGAGGCUGCCCCGGAUGGCCUGAGAAGAAACCCGCCGCGGUCCAAGAGGGCACCUCGAUCUUUACAACCUGCGCGGUCUACCAAGCGAGGCGGCGGCGCAUCAAGUGCUUCACAACAACAACAACUACUUCCGGGAACAUCGUCAACACAAACCCCUACGCCAACCUCUGAAGGCGUCGGGGAGAAAUACGAUGCUUUCUGGAACUCCUUCUCACCAAUUAAGGGUUCAUACUGGGAUGAUGCCACACGGGUGAACACGCCGGUGGGGAGCAGCCCCCGUUACUUUGGCGACAACCUCGCCGCUGCCGAGGCCACGCAGAAUGGCAAGGACUGGGAGAGCUGGGUGACGGACUUUAACGAUUUCAACGACUUUAACGCUGCGCCCCAGAGCAUGGCGCCGUUUGAAGGGCGGCCGCAAAACUUGGACGAGAUCCAGCGGAUCGUCGGUGAGGAUGUCGUUAUGAGCGACGUGGAUGCAGAACGGCUUGCCAACGAAAUAAUUGACCCGAUAUUGCGGGAAAUGGCAGCAGACAUACGAAACGCCGAGGCUGAAGAGGACAAGGAGCAAAAGUCCAUCCUGGGCCAAGUCCGGGACGCGAUGACGGCAUUCUGCCGGGAUGCCCGCUUCGUGCCCGUCGAGCUCCGCCACUACCCCAUCCCGGACCUCUUCGAAGUGCCCGAGCAAGCGCGGGUCCCGGGCCCCGAGCGGAUCCUUCUGCAGCUCACUGACCAACCCGGCGCCGCACCCCGGCAACCAUUCGCCAGGUCCGCGAACCCCACCGCCCAGGAGCAGCACCUCCAGGGUCUUUUGGUGAAGUGGAAGAAGCCGGGCUUCAACGUCCUCAACUCCAUCCCCGAUCAACCCCUAGCGGAGGGCAACUUAUGGAACCCCGAAGGUAACGACAACCGCACCUGCGAGGAGUGGCAGACCAGCCCUGCCAACGGGCAAAGAUGCAACCGGCCCGUGCCAAACGGCGCCGCCUGCGAGAACCUGGAACACAUGGUCCGGCCAACGGCCUACAUGGUCUGCGACGGCUGCGACGGCAAGAGCAAGACAAGUCUCUUCGAGGGCGCGCAGCCGCUGACACACGGCGAGUUCAUGAGGAUGCGGGCGUACGCCUGCGACGCCUGCUCCGGCCGCGAAAAGGCCGCGGCCGACUUUGGCGCCCCCGGGAAACCCGCGCACGCGCUGACGGGAUGCAUGUGCGGGCUCAAGAUCCUGGGGAGGAGGCUCUGCAUGCAUCACCGCUGGGGGCUGGCGACGCAGCUCAUGGUGCAAACCAUGUUCGUGGCCGAGUGGGCCGUGGCGAACUACGGCCCCGACGCGUGUCUCUUCUGCAAGGGCGGCGGCACCGGUAAGACGGACCUCGGGGGGGAUUUCCUGGGGUCGCUGGUCUACCUGUGCUUGAACUGCCAGGGUGUCGUGGCCGAGAGCUUCGAGCCGGCGUUGAGGGAUGGUGUUCAGCGGUGGUUGGGCGGGACGGUUCCCGCGACGCUUGUAAAGCAGCACUGGGGCAGUGUUCUGCCGCCUCCUCAUUCUCCUCCUCCUGCUGACAUGCCGUCAUAA